UUUCUAUAUUAUAUUUUUGCAAUCUGUAAAACAGAACUCCUAAAAGUGAGAUUCUCAUAAAACACUCAAAAACAAAACUUAGUCGUGUGAUCACAAUUCAAAGAUUUUACUCAAUGAAGGUACACGAGACAAGAUCUCACGCACACAUGUCUGGGGACGAACAAAAGAAGGGAAAUUUGCGGAAGCACAAAGCAGAAGGGAAGCUUCCAGAAGCUGAACAGUCUCAGAAGAAGGCGAAGUCGGAAAACGAUAACGGCCGUUCAGUCAACGGUGCCGGAGAUGCUGCUUCUGAGUACAAUGAGUUUUGCAAAGCGGUUGAGGAGAAUCUGUCCGUUGAUCAGAUUAAAGAAGUUCUUGAAAUCAACGGUCAAGAUUGUUCUGCUCCAGAAGAGACCUUGCUUGCUCAAUGUCAAGAUUUACUAUUCUAUGGGGCGUUAGAAAAAUGUCCUUUAUGCGGAGGUAAUUUGAUUUGUGACAAUGAAAAGAGAUUCAUAUGUGGAGGUGAGAUUAGUGAGUGGUGCAGUUGCGUGUAUAGUACGAAAGAUCCUCCUAGAAAGGAAGAGCCAGUUAAAAUCCCUGAUUCCGUCAUGAACUCUGCUAUUUCUGAUUUGAUCAAGAAACACCAGGACCCUAAAAGUCGACCUAAAAGGGAGUUAGGCUCUGCUGAUAAACCCUUCGCGGGAAUGAUGAUCUCUCUCAUGGGACGUCUCACCAGAACACAUCAAUAUUGGAAGAAAAAGAUCGAAAGAAACGGUGGGAAAGUCUCCAAUACUGUUCAAGGUGUAACAUGUUUGGUGGUUUCGCCGGCUGAAAGAGAACGAGGUGGUACGUCAAAGAUGGUGGAGGCAAUGGAACAAGGUCUACCUGUUGUGAGUGAAGCAUGGUUGAUCGAUAGCGUGGAGAAGCAUGAAGCUCAGCCACUUGAAGCUUAUGACGUGGUCAGUGAUCUUUCUGUGGAAGGGAAAGGAAUUCCAUGGGAUAAGCAAGAUCCUAGUGAGGAGGCGAUUGAAUCCUUAUCAGCUGAGCUCAAAAUGUAUGGGAAAAGAGGAGUCUACAUGGACACAAAACUUCAGGAGAGAGGAGGAAAAAUCUUGGAGAAAGAUGGACUCUUGUAUAACUGUGCCUUCUCGAUAUGCGAUUUGGGAAAAGGGCGUAAUGAGUAUUGUAUUAUGCAGCUAAUCACGGUGCCAGAGAGCAACCUGAAUAUGUACUUCAAGAGAGGAAAAGUAGGAGAUGACCCUAAUUCGGAAGAGAGGCUCGAGGAGUGGGAGGAUGAAGAUGCUGCGAUCAAAGAGUUUGCAAGGCUCUUUGAGGAGAUGACAGGAAAUGAAUUCGAGCCAUGGGAACGUGAGAAAAAGAUUCAAAAGAAGCCUCAUAAGUUUUUCCCAAUUGAUAUGGAUGAUGGAAUCGAAGUGAGAAGUGGGGCACUUGGUCUAAGGCAGCUUGGCGUUGCUUCUGCACAUUGCAAGCUUGAUUCGUUUGUUGCAAACUUCAUUAAAGUUCUGUGUGGUCAAGAGAUAUACAAGUACGCGUUGAUGGAGCUUGGAUUGGAUCCUCCUGAUCUACCUAUGGGAAUGCUAACUGAUGUCCACUUGAAACGAUGCGAAGAGGUAUUACUGGAGUUUGUUGAUAAGGUCAAGACAACAAAGGAGACAGGUCAGAAAGCUGAAGCAAUGUGGGCAGACUUCAGCUCCCGGUGGUUUUCAUUGCUACACAGCACAAGGCCGAUGCGAUUGCACGAUGUCCAUGAACUUGCAGACCAUGCGGCCUCUGCUUUUGAGACGGUGAGGGACAUAAACACAGCAUCUCGUUUGAUAGGGGAUAUGCGAGGAGACACACUCGAUGACCCGUUGUCUGAUCGGUACAACAAACUUGGUUGCAAGAUUUCUGUGGUAGACAAGGAGUCUGAAGAUUACAAGAUGAUUGUUAAGUACCUUGAGACUACUUAUGAGCCUGUGAAAGUCUCUGACGUUGAGUAUGGUGUGUCAGUGCAGAAUGUUUUUGCGGUUGAGUCAAACGCAAUUCCUUCAUUAGAUGACAUCAAGAAGCUACCGAACAAAGUUCUUUUAUGGUGUGGUUCAUGGAGUUCAAAUCUGUUGAGACAUAUCUACAAAGGGUUCUUACCUGCUGUCUGCUCUCUUCCAGUCCCCGGUUAUAUGUUUGGGAGAGCGAUAGUGUGUUCAGAUGCAGCUGCAGAAGCUGCAAGGUACGGUUUCACAGCUGUGGAUAGACCAGAAGGGUUUCUUGUAUUAGCCGUCGCUUCCCUUGGUGAGGAAGUUACAGAAUUCACAAAUCCACCAGAGGACACAAAGACAUUGGAAGAGAAGAAGAUAGGAGUGAAAGGAUUAGGGAGGAAGAAAACUGAAGAGUCGGAGCAUUUCAUGUGGAGAGAUGACAUAAAGGUUCCUUGCGGACGAUUGGUUCCAUCAGAACAUAAGGACAGUCCUCUUGAAUACAACGAGUACGCGGUGUAUGAUCCCAAACAGACAAGUAUAAGGUUCCUGGUGGAAGUGAAGUACGAGGAGAAGGGAACUGAGAUAGUCGAUGUCGAACCAGAGUAGAUUACUGACAGCUCACGGUUUCUGAUUUUUUGAGAGGUUUGGGCGGCGAGAAGCCAUGGAAAAAGAUGGUUUUUUGGUUUUUCGUGUUUCAUGUUUCUUUUCUAGGUUGCAAUGGUGAAUGUAAAAGAAGUGGCUUCUUCUCUUAUGGUUGCAAGGAAACUAUUUUAGCUAUAUAUAUAACUACUACUGUGUAAAGCUUUUUGGCUAUGUAAAUAGAUUUACACGGUAAUAAGUAUAACUAUGUAAAUAGUUUAUCAUCAUACCAUCGAUAUGAAGCUGCCUAAUGUGUAAAA